GUCUAUUAUGACAACAAUAGUGAUUUCUUAUCAAUACUUCAGUACAUAUAAAGAAGGGAGAUUACUUCUAUAAAAGUUAGUUCAGAUUUAUAAAUAAAGUUCAACCAGGGAAAAAAGAAAGUUAAUGAAUAGUACUACAAAAAUAACUGUGAUUUCAAUUCCUUCUUAUAAUGGGUAGCAUUGAUAGAGCAUGCAUAUCUGGAUUUCUUUGUCGUCUUUGCUCUGAAAUGCACAGAAUAGUAAUACAUAUAUAUGGUGAUCAGGGCAGGAAGUUAUGUUUAGUAGAAAAGAUUAACGGGUAUCUGCCAAUUACCAUUUCUCCAACGGAUCCUUUACCUAAAACUAUAUGUGAGACAUGUUUAAGAAGAGUGGAACAACAUUAUGACUUGCUGAUGAGAUUAACGCGAAUAAAACAAGGCAACUUUCCUAAAAUCAAAAAGUUCCUCCGGCUUACUCUCCUUGCUUACUUGAUCGGCAGUAUCACAUUUCUCAUUCGAUCCAAUAGCGGUGGGUUCCUCAUUUUUACCACUGGGCGGUGUUCUCAAUAUUUUAGAAAUUCUUCGGAAGGGAUUAUCCGGUGUUCGCCCAAUACUAUUUUCGGAGGCCAUACCUCAGCGAGAAAGGUGUGGAAGACUCAACAAGCACUUCGUACCAUAGGUGACGUUUCUAGUACAGAUGUUUCUGAUGAUGAGCAUUUUGACCUUACCACCAUAUCUCAAGAAGGGCGAAAUUCUAUAAGCGACACAAAUGUACAAUUAUCAACAGAUGUUUCGUCCCAAUCGUCAUUGAUUGGUACAAUGCAAGCGACUACUGAAUAUAAUAGCAGCCUACCCUAGAAAUAACUAAACUAUGGAGAGUAGAUUAAGAAUACGAUAUGAUUAUGCCAAUGUGCGAAAAAAAUAUUAAAUAUCAUGUAAAUGACAGUUUCUAAAUCGCAUACAUUAUUUAUAUUAGAAUUUAAAAUUUUGGGUGUAUAUUCGACUUAGGUUAAAUAAAAUAAUAGCAAUAAGGCAAAUACAAUUAAAAGUUAUGUA